AUGGAAUUAAUAUCAUUCUCAUUGUUUAUUGUUUUUAGGUUGAAACCCAAAUCAGUCUUCGCAUUUUUCCGUUCUUUGGGAAUCGUACUACAAACAGACGAAGAUUACAACAAACUGAGCAAUUUCCAUGGCACCAUACAAGGCAACUAUGCAGAGGAACUGAAACAAGUGGUUAAUGCUACUCUAAAGCAGAUCAGAAAGAACCAAGACUGGAUACAGACAUAUGCUCCAUUGAUUAUGCGCUUUUACGAGAAGGAUUCUUCGUCCACUGUGAACCCUACCUCUGGAGGUACAUCCACAUCUAAACCUCCAGCUACCGUGUCAACCAGCACCUCGUCCUCGCCCACCAAUACCACAACAAAACCUACAAGUGCAUCUUGGAUAAACAAACCUUCUCUACUUGUCAUCUUCAUGGUUGCAUUAGUCACUUACAGAGCGCAAUUAAGAUUAUUUUGAAAUCUAUAGUGUUAAUAUUAUUGUUCUUCAAUCAUGUAAAACUUUCAACAUUAAGCUUUGAAGCUCAUAAUAGUACCUAUGAGCUAUUAUGAAUUCAGUAUUAUUACUCGUUUUCCACUCAUUUUCCUGUAGGCCUAGAAAUAUUUUUGUUUUACAAAGUGUAAUAAAAAAAAUAUAUUAUGCCUAUCAUUUUUUCCUAUUUUCAACUUUUAUUCUGUUGUCAUUAUGUUAUGUUUAAAAAAAAAAUGUUGCCACAUAUAACGUGAUAUGAAACUUAUGGAGUAAUAUUUGAGUUCACAUAAUAAUCUUGGAUUAAAAAUAGUUCAUAAUUAUACACAGAUUUGUAUACAGAGUAAUUUAAAUGGAACAAAAUGAUUAGUUUGUCAUCCAUUUGAAGUAGCCUAUUAUUUAUGUUCAAAGAAUAAGUUAACUCUUUAUUGUUGCUCUCAUACAAGUAGGCUAGAUCAAUUAUUAUUAAAGUUGACAAUAAAAGACUUUCAAAUUGACUUCCACAAGAUCAUGUUAAUAACUGAGAUUGGAAUAAAAGUGUUUAAUAUUGAUAAUAAAAAUGAA